AUGUCACGAGGUGCCGCGCAUGCGUCCCGGUCGCCCUCGCCACUGUGAUUGCUGUGGUCCUGAAGUGGAUGUUCGCAUCGGAGCGGUUGUGGCGAGGAGGGUGUCGUGGUGUGUUGUGUUGUGUAAAGUGUGUACCGCCGUCAGCGCCACCACGGGACAACCUUCGAGGGGACUAGGGUGAGGCGAUGCCAGGCCUGCCUGGAGAAGACCACGACAUCCCAGAUCACGUGACAUGUCCGUCCGUAGCCUCCAACGGAGGGUGUCCGGCCCGGGGAUGCCGCUGAGGUCUCGGAUCUGCAUUUUACUAGGAGCACGACAGGCUGAUUCCAUUCCGGACUCGGAGCGGGAGGCGGGGGAGGGGAGGAGGACUCGACGCGUGCCCAGUCUCAAGCUGGCGAACGGCCGGCUACGAGUUGGGGCCACGCAGUCCGAGGAAGAGAUUCGUUCUCCGCCGCCACAACCUCGUCUCGCCAAGGAUGACUCCAUCAAGAUCAGCAUCGAGAACACAAACACGUGUACCGACUCACUGGUGACUGCAAUCGACGACGAGGCUCUGCUCAUCGCGGACUACCUGUCCAACUCCCUAACGAACAUGAACUACAAGGAGAGUGGAAAGGUGCAUUUUGGGGGUGACGAUGUCAGUUUAUAUGGCACCCCUAAGGAGGAGCCGGGGCCCAACCCUCUGGGUGCCAGCGAGAAACAGAGCUUCAUCAAGAACCAACUCCAGGCCCUGUUUCAACCCACGGACAACAAACUGGCGAUGAAGCUCUUCGGCAGUAAGAAGGCGUUGAUGAAGGAGCGGAUUAGACAGAGGGCGGCCGGACACUGGGUCAUCCACCCCUGUUCCAGCUUCAGGUAAGAAACUCCCCCAAAUUCACGCCAGGAUCCACGAACAUCUCCAUACGUGAGUGAAAUGUUAUUUGAAGUUCUUGUAUAGUAAUCGUCAUCAAAUUGUAUGCUUCAAGG